AAGCAUCUUAAAUCUUUCUUUUUUACAAAGUGUUGGCUAAUAAUUUUGACAGAUGGCUACGGUAGUGGCACAGUCUCAUUAUAUAUUCGGAUUGCGGACAGGCGUGAAGAAUAAUUUAUUGUAUUUUGAUGAGCAAACCGUAAUUUUUCCGUGUGGAAACAACUGUGUGCGCUAUAACAUCAAUCAGAAAUGCCAGAAGUUCAUUCCAGGUACAGAGAGAAGUCAGGGCAUGCAGGCCUUGGCCAUCAGCACAAACAGGCGUUAUCUGGCUGUGUCUGAAUGUGUAGAGAAAGCCACCAUCACUGUGUUUGAUCUCCAGUACGAGCAGAGCAGGAAGAGGAAAGUGCUGACUGGAGGGGAGACUGCGGUGGACAAGUUUGUCUGCAUGGCCUUUUCCCCUGACUCCAAGUAUCUGAUCGGUCAGGCAGGUGGGCCAGACUGGACUCUCUUCCUCUGGAUGUGGGAAAAGAAGAAGGUGAUGGCCACUGUGAAGACAAGCACAGAUGGCCCCAUAAACCAGAUCAGCUUCAACCCUGAGGACAACACACAGAUCUGUGUGAGUGGCAACGGGGUGUUCAAGAUCUUUCGCUAUGCUGGAGAAAUCCUGAAACAGUCCAGCACAUUUAAAACAGACACCCAUCACUUCCUGUGCCACACCUGGGUGUCCACGGAGCAGGUGGUAGCUGGCACAGACGCAGGUCAGCUGAUGAUGUUUGAGUCAGGCCGGCAGCGCUGGGAGAUGAAUGACGCCCGUGCAGAAGCUUUACAGGUGAGUGAAUCAACUGUGACAUCAAGUGCUUCUGCUCAUUUCAGUUCAUACAUGCAGUGUACAUACAAUACAGGAGAAAUCUGUCAUGUAUCUCAUACCUUCUCCACAUUGCCGCGGGUGACAGCCAUUGUAGGUUAUUCUAACGGCUUCGCUUGCUCCGCUGGCCCUGGCACUGUGUGCUUGUUUGAGAAAAGAGAGGAGGAAGACCAGUAUAAGAAGACCAAAGAAAUAAAGAUUCCUCCAGAACUGUUCAGCAAUGAUCCCAGUUCUGCAGAGCAGCAGGAAAUCAGCACUCUGUGCAUCAGUCCAUCUGAAGAGACCCUGGCCGCCAGCACAGACCGCGGGCAGCUCUACAGCAUCAGCCUGUCCCUAGCCGAGCUCAACAAGGGUGUGUUUGCUCAGUUUGAGCACCUGUCCCACUCCUCCCACUCCAGCGUUAUCACAGGAUUAUCCACCUGCAUCCGCAAACCGCUCAUCGCCACCUGUUCCCUGGACCGCUCAGUGCGCAUCUGGAACUUUGAGACCAAUGUAUUAGAGAUGUAUAAGGAGUUCCAGGAGGAAGCCUACAGCAUAGCUCUUCACCCCACUGGACUCUACAUCCUGGUGGGAUUCUCAGACAAACUCCGUCUCAUGACUCUGCUCAUUGAUGACAUCAGGACUUUCAAGGAGUUCACUGUACGCAGUUGCCGUGAGUGUGCGUUCAGCCACGGAGGCCACUUGUUUGCUGCUGUCAAUGGAAACGUGAUCAACAUCUACUCCACUACCACAUUUGAAGACGUCCUAAAUAUGAAGGGACACAAUGAAAAAGUGCGGGCCAUAGCAUUCAGUGCAGAUGACAGUCGUCUUGUGUCAUGUGGCAUGGACGGGGCCGUGUAUGAGUGGAAUACUCUCACCGGUGCACGAGAGUCUGAGAGCGUCCUCAAGACAUGCAGCUACACAGGAGUGACCAUCUCCUCUGACGCAAAGACAUUCUUCGCUGUCGGGACAGACUGCUCUCUGAAAGAAAUCCAGGAUUGUCAGAUCCUUAAGGAAGUGCGUACCGGUGAUGUGGUUUGCACCACUGUUGCCAUGUCUCGUUCAGGACGAGUGCUCUUCAUUGGAACUUCCACUGGGACUGUGAGAGCCAUCAGAUACCCUCUACCCAUCCAGAAUGACUGGAUAGAGUACCAAGCCCAUGCUGGCCCUGUCACUAAGAUGGUUAUCACUUUUGAUGACCAGUUCCUCAUAACUGUCUCAGAAGACAGCUGUCUUUUUAUCUGGAAAAUCAUUGACAAAGAGGGGCAAGGGCUGAAAAGAGAGAAGGAAUUAAUAUAUGCAGAAGAGAUCCUCAUCACCAAAUCAGACCUUGAGGAAAAGAAUAAAAUAAUGCUGGACCUGAACGCACGAGUGACAGAGCUCCAGGAGGAGAACAAGUACCAGCUCAGCCUCAGGGACAUUGAAUACAAAGAGAAGAUCAAUGAACUCACUGAAAAAUGUAUCCAACAGAUCAAUUCGCUUAAUGCUGAGAAAGAGAUCCUGAAAGCAGAGAAGGAGAAACAGCAAGCAGACCAUGUUAAAGCUCUCUCAGAAGUCUUAGAGAAACAUGAUAAAGAGCAGCAGGACAUGGAGUCGAGCAAUAACCAGAAGCUCAUGCUGGAGUAUGAGAAAUACCAGGAGCUGCAACUGAAGCUUCAUAAAGUUCAGCAGGAAUAUGAGCAGCAGCUGCACAGUGUGGAGGAGAGCAAGACCCGAGCCCUGGAGGAGAUGAUGCAGUCUUAUGAGGCCAAGCUGGAGGAGAAAAUGAUGCUGGUCACCCAGUAUCAGGAUGAAUGCCAGCAGAAGGUUCGGGAAUUUGAUGAAUACAUAAAGCAGGAGGAAGAGGACGCAGAUAUGGAAAUCCAUGAGAUCCGCUUGAAAUACGAGCAAAAUCUUAAAGAAGAAAAAAAGGCCAACACUAGGCUCAAAGUGGAACUAGAUACCACAACAAAGCAGUUUCAUGUCCUACAGAGGGAAAUUGAAAACAGGAACUUGGAGAUCGAGAAGCUGAAGCAGGAAGUGCAGAAGCUGCAGUCGGUGAUCAAAGCAUUAGAGAACGACAUCACUGGGCUGAAGACUGCAAUUCAGAAGAGAGAUGGGAUCAUACAGGACAAGGAAAAGAGCAUCUAUGAGCUAAAAAAGAAGAAUGACACACUUAACAAAACAAUUGAAGUGAUGGAGUUCAGGGCUGAAUAUAUGGAAGAGCAGAUUGAGCCAAAAGAGAACGAAAUCCAAGAGCUAAAGGAGCAAAUGCUGGAGAUGGAAGGAGAGCUGAAGGAGUUCCAUAAGACGAACACACAGCUGGAGCUGCAAAUUGCUGAACUGAACUUAAAAUUGAAAACCAAAGACAAAGAAAUGCACAAAGAAAUGAGGAAGUUGCAGGACAUUGGGGUUCUGGUACAGAGAUUUAAAGCUGACCUUCACACAUGUGUGGAAUUCAUUCAGGACCCAAAAAGAUUAAAGGAACACAUCCGAGAGCUCUAUAAAUGCUACGUUGAGCCAUCAGAUGUGGUAGAGAAAGUGGCGGUGGACACGGAUAUCCAGAAGGAAAACCACAGACAGAGGGAGCACUAUGAGAAGAUUAUCACCACACUGAAGAACCAGCUCACCAGAGACACGAACGUCCUCCAGGCCAACAAUACAAAGCUCAUGAAGGACAAUGUCAUUCUUAUGAAAGAGAUCAAUGAUCUGCGUCAGGAGCUGCGCACUGUCCGUAUGCAGCUGCACAUCUCUGAGAGUCAAAGCAGCUUUAACAAGAGCUCUGCUAUCACGAGAGGUGCAGCUUCAGCAGGGAGGAACGGCUUGAUGACGCAGCAGAGUUUAGAAGAAGCAGAGAAGAUCAUCCAGUUUCAGCGACUGGAGAUCCAGAGGCUCAAGCAGGAGAACAAUGGCCAGAUGCCUUCAUCCAGAACCAAACUACCACCACUCACCAACUGAAUGCACCUCAU